CGCUUUGCGGCUGCGUGGCAGGGCCGGGGGGCGGGGAAGAUGUCUGAGCGGGGAGAAGCCCCGGCGGCGGUGGCAGCGGCGGGAGCGGGGGGUGAGAUGCCGGCCAAGAAGCAGAAGCUGAGCAGCGACGAGAACAGUAACCCCGGGGACCUGUCCGGCGACGAGAACGAUGAUGCUGUUAGUAUUGAAAGUGGUACUAACACCGAACGCCCCGAUACACCAACAAACACUCCUAAUGCACCCGGAAGGAAAAGCUGGGGGAAAGGAAAAUGGAAGUCGAAGAAGUGUAAAUAUUCCUUCAAAUGUGUAAAUAGCCUGAAGGAGGACCACGGGCAGCCUUUGUUUGGAGUCCAGUUUAACUGGCACAGUAAAGAAGGUGAUCCUCUUGUUUUUGCUACUGUAGGCAGCAACAGAGUUACUUUAUAUGAGUGUCAUUCCCAAGGAGAGAUCCGCCUGUUGCAGUCCUACGUGGAUGCUGAUGCAGAUGAAAACUUCUAUACCUGUGCGUGGACAUACGACAGCAAUACAAGCCAUCCUCUCCUGGCUGUGGCAGGCUCCAGGGGAAUUAUUAGGAUAAUUAAUCCUAUUACGAUGCAGUGCAUAAAGCACUACGUGGGCCAUGGGAAUGCUAUCAAUGAACUGAAAUUCCAUCCAAGAGAUCCAAAUCUCCUUUUAUCUGUAAGCAAAGAUCAUGCAUUGAGACUGUGGAACAUCCAGACAGACACGCUGGUUGCAAUAUUUGGAGGAGUAGAAGGGCACAGGGAUGAGGUGUUAAGUGCAGUAAGUGGAAGACUGUGGGGCAGUGAUUUAGAUUUACAAAGGGAUUAUGAUCUUCUUGGUGAGAAAAUCAUGUCCUGUGGGAUGGAUCACUCUCUCAAACUCUGGAGAAUUAAUUCCAAGAGAAUGAUAAAUGCCAUCAAAGAGUCUUAUGAAUACAACCCAAAUAAAACCAACAGGCCUUUUAUUUCCCAGAAAAUUCACUUUCCUGACUUUUCUACCAGAGACAUACAUAGAAACUAUGUUGACUGUGUACGAUGGCUGGGAGAUCUAAUUCUUUCCAAGUCUUGUGAAAAUGCCAUUGUGUGCUGGAAACCUGGCAAAAUGGAAGAUGAUAUAGAUAAAAUCAAGCCCAGUGAGUCAAAUGUGACCAUACUUGGGAGAUUUGAUUACAGCCAGUGUGAUAUAUGGUACAUGAGGUUUUCAAUGGAUUUCUGGCAAAAGAUGCUUGCUCUGGGCAAUCAGGUUGGCAAACUUUAUGUGUGGGAUUUAGAAAUAGAGGAUCCUCAUAAAGCCAAGUGUACGACUCUUACUCAUCCAAAAUGUGUCGCUGCCAUUCGACAAACCAGUUUUAGCAGGGACAGCAGUAUCCUCAUAGCGGUGUGUGACGAUGCCAGUAUCUGGCGCUGGGACAGGCUAAGAUAAAUGUACUUUUUCUUAACUCAAAGUAGAAAAUCUAUUUUCAAAUUCUAAUAUAGUCAGUUAAGUCGCUUAGUGCAGUAGGUGCGUUUAGUGUAGACUUCCUCGGAGGUUCGGCGGGCUGGAGCUGACCUUAGUGAUGUUUACAUUGCGUGUAUUGUCCUGCUUGGAAUUGCUGCUUUUAAUAAAAAGAAGUAUUUUUGUAAAGUUU